UCAAGCAACGACCCUUCUCUCCCCCUCUGGUGUUUGCCUCUCGCACUUGGCACGGCGGCGGCAGCAGCCCCGAGGCCGCUUGCUGCUGGCGGGAGGCUGUUCGUCGGGCUCUCUCUUGGAACCCCUGGGCACCUCCUUGGCCACUGCUGUAUGCUUGACACGCUCUUUGGAGAUCUGCUGCACCGCCCCCAGCGCUCUCGAGUUCUUGACGGACUUGAAGAGCCUCUGCACGCACAAGGAAGGGACACAUAUGAGACGCCGUCGUGUCCCUUUGCUUUUGUGCUCUGCAUACGCGGCAGGUGUUCUCCUGGCCCAUCCUGUAAAGCUGCAUGCAGCACAAGACAUCCACAACAAAAGGGGUCAUUGUCCUGCUUGCGAGCAGCGUCCCCACCAGGCGUACAGAUGGCGUGCUUGGCCUCGCCACGCUUCGAAUGCAUAUCGGGUUGCGGAUGGCCUUUUCUUCACGCUUCAGCUGGUUGAUGGCGUUCUCAUCCUUCAGGAAGCCUAGAAAACAAACAAAACGCAAAGCAUAGUUUAUCAAGUGCAAUCUCGAGGCCGACACCAAUCUGCUCGGGAGAAACAAAAGAAAUGAUCACAGCGAAGAUGCCUCUUACAAUUGGUGGUCGGCUCUCUUCAGGCACACAGCCCCAUCUGAAUCGAUCAACGAACCUACGGAGGUCGUCCAGUGCUUGAGUCGAUAUCAUGCGCGGACCAGCUAAUACACGGGAUCGAUGCGUCACGUAGCAGAAGAUAUAAAAUGUAGGCAACGAUAGCGCUGGCUGCCGCCACUUUCGCUGCCACUGCUGCCUUCAAUCAGUUGCUUGAUCGUUGAGAGACGCGACCAUACCAAAGGCGAUAGCUCCUGCAAAAGGGUGAAAAGAAGAAACAGCGCUUGCGUACUGUCUCUGCGAGGUCUGUCAUGUCCGCUGGGUCGUUGAAGAGGGCUGCUGUCCAUGUCGCGCUGGAGGCUUGAAAAGAUGGACACGAAGUCCUCCAGACGCGAUGACGCACUGCCGCGGGACUCUGAAGACACACAAAGACACAUACACUCCGCACACACAUAUAUUCCUCGGCUUACUCAGCUCAUGCAGCACCCCAAACCUCUGGAUGUCGGCCUGUGGCGGGGUAUGUGACCGCCAUAGUCGCCUAACAGCGACCGCAGGUUUGGAACCGACUCCUCUUUCGACGGGCUGCUGGGGGUGGAGGUCGGUAGCACACCAACCGCCAGCAGGGCCAAUGCCGGCGCAGCAGCAGCAGCAGCAGCAGCAGCAGACGACGAGGAGGGCUCCUCUUCGAAAAGGAUGAAGUAGGCCUGCUCUACGAGCCGCUUCAGGCUGUCGAGCUCGAGUGCCAUACCCACGUCGGGAACUCCUGCAGAACCACAUAUGCACGUGUGAUACAAGCAGACAUGAAAAGGCGAUUUAUCGUCUGCAUACCAGGUCACUCAUCUGCAUGGGGUCGGGGUCGUCAUCGAACAACGACAUCUCCUUGGCGAAGCGGUCCAGGUGCCUCAGGGUGGCGGCGCGACGCUCUGCAGCAGACGCACACAUAUGAGCCAACCCAGCAUGACAGGUACAUUCUUUGGCGUACCCAUUUCUGGGAGCAUGCUCCCUCGUCGAUGUGGGGGCGGGCGGCGUCUCCCUGCCCUCGAGAAUGUAGUCAUGCUCACUCCAGAGCUGGACAGCACUUAAUGAGACCGUUGGGCACUGAGUGGA